AUGAUCAGCAGGAGUUCGAGCCUCAAGGGGCUCGAAUCGAUAGCAACCUGUCUAAUAGCAGUCGCGAUACUAGUCGGGACAUCACAAGUUAACGCUGCACCUAUGUACGAGAGCGAUCAGACUGACUUAGAGAAUUCUGGCGAAGCGAUGGGCUGUUACUAUAAUUACCAUCCCUACAGCGAAGGCGAUCGUAUUAUGACGAAAGAACCCUGCCUCAACUGUACCUGUCACGAUCGUAUGCUAAUGUGCUACCUCCGGGUGUGUCCCUUCACCAAAGCGAUCGGUCAGAACUGUACGAUGGAGAAGCGCGAAGAUCAGUGCUGCCCGGUGAUCAAAUGUCCCGAAGUCGAAGUAGUGGUGGACCACCAGACGACCCCCUCGACGGCCGUGGCUGCGCCCGACCAGUUCGGUUGCAUGAUCGAUAACCGAUUCUACCCCGACGGAGCUCAAGUGCCAUCAAACCCCCACAAACCUUGCGAACUGUGCUACUGCAUUCAUAACAUGACCACUUGUGUGAUGCAAGAAUGUACGCUACACAUCGACGGAUGUCAACCAGUCUACAACCGAGGCGUUUGCUGUCCAGUGCGAUACGAUUGCGAUCACGAACGGGAAACUCCACUGGAAAUUGAAGACGAAAUGACCACUACGGUUCGCCCGACGCCUGGCUUCAUCCUGCCGACUACGAUGCCUCCAGCGACCACCACGGACUGUAUCCACAAUGGUGAAGUGUACGCCGACGGAGCGAUGAUCAACACCGACAAACCAUGCGAACACUGCUACUGUAUGCGCGGUGACAUCGUCUGUGCCGUCCAGGAGUGCGGAACCCCACUGGAGAACGAAGGCAAGAACUGCAAACCAAUUCCGCCAGCACCGGAUCAGUGCUGCCCGGAUACGUACAUGUGCGACGGUGGAAUGGAUGCCACUACAAUCCUCUCGGACGAGCAACUGCUGGAGGAAGCCGUCACCACAGCCAGACCUGCACCAGCCGUCAGCAGCGACGAAAGCACGAAACCGGAAGACGAGGAAGAUGUUCAACAACAGCACGUUCCUCACGAAGGAGUCAUGGUCGAUGACAAAUCAGAAAGCGAAGAGGACGAUUUUGCCCCGGAACCAAUUGCUCACGAUGUCCAAACUGCUGAUGAAUCGGAAGAAGAACCACAAGCUCCGGUGAAACCAGAAGCAGAUGAAAGACCAACAGCAACUACCAGCCAACCAAGUGCAGCAGCCGAUGAGAAGGAAUUCACUACAGUCGCAGCCGCUCAGGACGAGAAACAACCAGAAGCUCCGAUCGAACCAGUUGUCGCUUCCGACGAUGAAAAACCAGAGGAACCUCAACUGACAACUGUAGCUCCCUCAGUCGAAGCGGACGCCGUACCAGAACAAGAAGAACCCAUCGUCAGUCACGACGUUCCGGAGGAACCAUUCACCACCGAAAGCCCAUCCGAGCCAGAGAAGGACCUAAUCGCACCAACCGCCGCCAGCGACGAGGAAUCCCCAGCAGCGUUCACAACCAUCGCACCGAAAGAAGCGGAAGCUGAAGCACCGGAAGCCACCACCACGUUCGCCUUCACCGCCAGCGAUGAGGACAUCGGCCAAACCACAGAAAGUCGCACAUACCUACCUCCACUGCACGAUUCGGAAACCACAACCACUCGAGUAGCAGCGGACGAAGAAGCUACCACCCCUGUUCCAGCUCCAGCUGCCGACGAACUCCCAGAAAUCGAACCCGAACAGCCCGAACUUCCAGCCGAAUCCGACCAACCGGAAGCCCCGGUCACCACGGUUAGACCACUGGAAUCCACGACCUACGCCAAGGAACCAGCUCACAAGUUCGAAGACCACGUACCCGAACAGGACUUCAUCGACCUCCCACCGGCCGUAGUCGUCACCGAGCUGCCACCAAUUCCAUCCAGCGAAGCUCCAACCACUGCUCGACUCCCGGAAAUGCCCGAGGAGGAAGUCCAAACCAGUUACCCACUGGAAGCCGACUCGCACGUUCUCGACGACGCCUCAAGCUCGACCGCUGCCGCUCCUGCCGCCGAAGAACCACAGGAACAACCCGAAAAGAUUCAACCCGACCUUGACGAACCAGUCGAAAUGAACACCGUCAUUCCGUCGGAAGACGAAACCAAGAAGCCAGCCAGCAAACCGGUGGCCGAUGAAACUACACUGGAGCCAAUGUUCCCCGAGGCCAUCCCCGGUGAAGGUGACUGCCUGGUAGAUGGCAAGACCUACAAGAACGCUGCCUCAAUCCCGGCGCACAACAAGUGCCAAGUAGCCUGUACCUGCUCCAACAGUGUCGUUCGAUGCGAGAUGGUACCAUGUGCCAGCGCUCCGUCCAAGGACUGCGCCCCAGUUCCAGCCGCUCCUGGUGAGUGCUGUCCAACGUACAAGUGCAAUGCCGUUGAACAACUCGACAGUACCUCUGAAUCGGACAGCUCGGAAGAACCUCAGGUUCUCGAAGACGCCAAGCAACCUCAACCAACCGAAAGCUCCUCCACGGAAAGCUCGUCAUCCUCGUCCUCAUCCAGUGCCGAUGAGACGGAAGAAUCCAAGGAAGAAGAUGAUGAACAAUCCGAAAGCGAUUCCACUUCGGACGAUGAAAGCGAAGAGGAUGACGAAUCUAACCAGAUCGAAGAUCAAGCCACGGUUACGACCAAGCGCCCGGUAGCAACCUCCACCGUUAAGAUCGAACAGGAUGAAACCUCGGAGAGUGAAUCCAGUUCCGAAAGCGAUGAAGCCGAGUCUGGGGAAGGACAGAAACCAGUACCAGUACCAGUGACUACUGCUGCUCCUGCCGCUGCGGUUGAACAACCCGAAGCUACCACUCCGGCCAAGGUUUCCGAUGCGGAAGAGGAACAGGAUAAGGUAACAACCGCCGCUCCAGUAGCAACCGCCGACGAAGUCGCACCAACUGAAAAGCAACCAGCACUUGAUGAACAGCAGCACGUUGAACCAGUGGAAGCUGACCAGGAAGAGGAUCAACCAGCCGCUCCAGCAACAACCGCUGCUCCAUUGGCUGCCGCAGAGGAAGUACUGACCACCGCAGCACCAGUUGCCGAUGAAGAAAAGCCCGAGUCUGCCGUCGUUCCAGAAGUUAGCGACGAAGUCGCUAAACCUGAAUUACCAACGGAAGAGAAGGAUGAAGAACCUGCACAGCCAGAAGAAGCAACCACCGUGAGGAUCGCUGCCGAUGAAAAGGAACCCGAGCCGGUUGAGCCAGAACGUGACCAAGAACCGGUCGCACCAGUUGAACACGACGAACCAUCCGACGAAGAUGAGAUCCAAGAAGUGCAGGCAACGACAGCGAGAGUACAGGAACCGGCGGCCGCUGAAGCUGCCACCACUCUAGCCGCUCAACUAGACGAAGAGGAAGUAGCCGCUACAACGGCAAAGGCCGAAGAACCCAGUGCGCCCAGUGUUUCCGCCGAUCUACCUGUUGCUGCUCAGGACGAAGAAGAAAAGGAAGAAGAGAUUAGUCCGGCUACCACCGCUCAACCAGCUGCUGCCGCACCUGCCGAAACCGAAGAAAUCAGUCCCGCCGAGCAGGAUCAACCAGAAAAGGCAGAGGAAUCUCCCGCUACCACCGCCCAACCAGCAGCUGCUGUACCUUCCGAAGCCGAAGAAACUGAAGAGGUCAGUCCUGCUGAGCAGGACCAACCCGAAAAGGCAGAAGAAGCACCAGCAACUACCGCUCAACCAGCAGCCGCCGUACCUUCGGAAGCCGAAGAACCUGAAGAGGUCAGUCCUGCGGAGCAGGAUCAACCAGAAAAGGCAGAAGAGUCCCCAGCUACCACAGUCCAGCCAGCUGCUGCUGCUGCCCCAUCUGAAGCGGAAGAAAGCGAAGAAGUUAGUCCUGCCGAGCAGGACGCCAUUCCAGAGGAAGCACCAGCUACCACUGCCCAACCGUCGGUUGCCGAUGAAGUUGCACCCGCCGAGAAGGACGAGGAAACGCCGGAAGCUCCGGCUCCAGCGGAGCACGACCUACCGGAACAACCCGAACCGGAAGCCCCAGUAACCGCUGCACCUGCCGAAGAACCCGCCGCUACGGUUGCCUCUGACGAUCACAUCAUUCACUUCCCACAGGAGGACACCCAGUUCGAACCGGCCGCGCCUGAACAUCCCAAACCUGCAGUAUCGGCGGACGAAGAAAAGGAACAACAACCAGAACACGACGACAGUAUUCACUUCCCCGAUGAAUCAGAAGAAGAGGAGGAUGAGUUACCAAUCCACAAACCUGCAGUCGAACAUGAUCACAUCCCGGGACACGUUCACGAAGAAGAGGAACCGGAAGAACCCAAGGUAACCACAAGCAAACCAGCAGCCGCCGACGAAGAGGAGGCCGCAACCACCGUCAAGGCCGAACCAAGUGCAGAUGAACAACCAACCAUCGUAGAAGAAGAAGUCGAAGCUGAGAAACCAGCGGAAGACCUACCGGCAACCACGCCAGCGGCUGCGGCGGAGCCCGAACGAGAUGAAGCUCAGGAGGAAGCUCAACCCACGACCGGUGCACCAGCGAGUCACGACGAAGCGCCAGAAAUGCCAGCCGAAGAGAUCCAUCCACAGAUGCCUCUGGAAGCGGACGAUCAAAUUAAGGAACACGACGAAGCUCCGGCUACCACCACCGUGAAGGCUGAGCUGGCUCCGUCGGCUGACGAGGAAGAGGAAAAACCGGCUGUCCAACCUGCUGUUGUCCCUGCCGAAGACGAAAACGUAAGCGCAGAAGAGGAUCAGGAACAUGUACCGAUUAGCCACGAUACCGGAGCGGAAGAUGAAAGUGAAAGUGACGAAGAAACACCAGCGGACGUGCACGAAGUAUCGGCACCAACCUCGGAUGAACACGACGAAGAAGAAAAACCAGCAGUCGAAAAGGAGCAGGAAAAACCUGCCGUUGUGAGUGAUGAAAAACCAGUGGAACAGGCCGAGGAAGAGGAAAAGAAACCAGUACCGGAGGUGCCUGCAGUUGUAAGCGACGAAAAACCAACUGAACAGGAACAAGAGGUUGAGAAACAGACCGAAGCUGUUCCGGCAGUGGAGAGCGAUCAGAAACCGGUGGGUGAGGAGGAAGAAACUAAACCAACUGAAGGUGUUCCAGCGGUGGAAAGUGACCAUAAACCUGCUGCCGAACAGGAAGAGGAAGCUGUGAAACCAACUGAAGCAGUUCCAGCGGUGGAAAGUGAUCAGAAACCGGUUGGUGAGGAAGGUGAAGAAGCUCCAGCAGUUGAAAGUGAUCAAAAACCAGUUGAAUCAGAUGAGGAGGAGGAGGAAGCGGCGAAACCGACUGAAGCGGCUCCAGCAGUAGAAAGUGACGAGAAACCGGCUGCAGAAGUUGAAGAAGAAACGAAACCGGUUGAGACCGUUCCGGAAGCCGAUCAAGGACUAGAUGAAAAGAUUGACGAUGAAGUGAAACCAGCUGAGGUUAAACCAACUGAAGCUCCAGUCGCUCAUGAUGAAGAAGAGGAGACAACGGCAGUGAGUGAUGAGAAGCCAGCAGAAGAACAGCCAACGGCUACUGCGGAUGAAGAAAAGCAACCAGCUCUGGACGAAGAAGAAGCACCAGCGACGACCGUUGCCCCAGUAAGAGAUGAGGUUAAACCAGAAUCCGACGAAACUCAGCCACCAGCCGUGGAAGAAAUGGAAGAAGUACAAAAACCAGCAGUAACAGCCGAUGAAGAAGAAAAGACCCCGGAAGUUGCUGUGGAAGAGGAACCAAAACCUGCGGAAGACGAAGAAGAGAAGGUUGCUACCACGGCUGCUCCAGUAAGAGAUAUGGAAGAACCAGCUCCAGUUGAGGAUCAAGUUCCGGUUGAGGUUAGCGAAGAAGAAGAGAAACAACCUACUACAGUUGCACCAGCUAAGGAUGAAGAGGAACCAUCUUCGUUAGCUCCUGCUAAGGAUGAUGAAGCCCCGGAAUCUGACGAGGUUGGCCAGAAACCAGCCGAAGUCGAAUCAGACGAAGAAGAGAAGGCACCCGCUACGACGCAAGCUCCAUCCAAGGACGAAGAGGAACCAACUGAGUCUGCGGAAGAACACAAACCAUCUCCAGCUGCCGAUGAGGAAGAGAAACCUGCUGAGGAACAGGAUGAAGUACAGCCCACAACCGCAGCCCCUGCUGCUGCUGAUGCCAGUGAACCAGUUGAACCAGUGGAAGAGGAGAAGCCAGAAGCCGACGAAGAGGAGCUGAAACCUACCGAAGCACCAGCUAAGGAUGAUCAAGAAACCGAGGAAGAGAAACCGGUCGUCAAACCAGUCGAACCUGUGGAAGCUGAAGAACAUGAUGAAAUUCCUGAACUGGAUGAUCAUACGGAGGAGGAAGAGGAUGAAGUCGAGAAACCCACUCCAACUGAUGUUGCUGCUGAAGAGAAACCCACGGCGGAACCGGUACCUGAAUCCGAUGAAGCUGAAAAACCAGAAGAAAAGCCAACCGUACAACCAGCGGAAAGUGACGAGACGAGUGAGAGCGAUGAGACGCCAGCAAAACCAACUGAACUUCCGGUCAGCGCAGAUGAAACUGAGAAGGCAACGGAGGCUCCAGUGACGGGUGUGGAAGAGGAACCGAAACCAGUGGCAACCGCCGAUGAAGCCGAGAAACCAGCUGUGGAACCAGUGGAAGCCGAUGAACAAGAAGAAGUCAAGCCAAGUACCGUUGCGGCACCACUUGAAGACGAAGAAGAAAAACCCGAGGACGACGGAACAGCUCCAGUGGAAGCAGAAGCUCCAACUACUGCUGCUCCUGCAUUGGAUGAAGAAAAGAAACCCGAAGCUGACGAGGUGGAAACUGAGACCCCAACGAAGGUUGCUGAUGAAGAAGCACCGAGCGUGGAAGCUGACGAAGAGGAGAAACCAGCGGAAGCUACGACUGCCGCGGCAGCAGUCGAACCUGAAUCCGAUGAAGCGGAAAAACCAACUCCCGAAGCCGAUGAUCAAGUGAAACCCGAAGUCAGUGCUGAUGAGAAGGAAGAAGAACCAAAGGUUACCGAGGCACCAGAGCAGGAACCCAAGCCCACAGCUGCUGCCGAUGAGGUAGAAGAAGAAAAACCAGCGGAACAAGAGCCAGUGCCAGUUGUACCAACGGCCGAUGAAGAGGAGAAACCAGUGAGCACCGAACAGGCUGUCGAAGAUAAACCAGAAGAGGAACCUGCUAAGGUGUCGGAUGAACUUCCCGCAACAACAGCCGUUCCUGUGGAACAGGACGUUGGAAAACCAUCAAUCGUUGAAGAACCAACUCACGCAGAGGAAGAAGAGCCACAACAGGUUCCAGUUCAACCGGUUGAGGCUGAAGAAGAGCAGCAGACCCCGGCUGCGCCAGUGCAAGACGAAGUUGAAACUGGUGAACAGGAAGUAGCUGCUCCAGUGGAGCAUGACAAGGAGGAAGAAGAAAAGAAACCUGAACCUGUUGAAGCCGAUGAGGAGAAGGGUCCUGAACUGGCUGAGCCAGUUUCCACCGUGGCACCUGCCGUUGCUGCUGAAGACGAAAAAGAAGCCACCGAAACCCCGGCUACUGUAGAAAAAGACGAACCAGCACCAGUGCCGGUUAGCGACGCUGAAGAGGAAGCCCCUGAACCCACCACGGCCAAGGCUGAGGUAACAGAAGCACCUGCGCAGGAACCGGAAGCACCCACGACGAGUGUUCCAGUUAAAGCUGAUGAAGCAGAAAAGGAACAGGAAGCUACGACACUUGCUCAUGAGGAGGAACCUGCAAAGGAAACCACCGCAGCACCAGCAAUUUCCGCACUUGAAACUGAAAAGGAAGAAGUCAAACCAGCGCAACCGGCUCAGGAUGAGCUCCCUAAACCAAGCGAAGAAGGAGUUCAGAAACCCGAAGAGGAGAAACCUGAAACUCCAGCGGAGGAUGAAGAAGACUUACAGCAACAGGCUAAGCCAGUGUUCGACGAAGAAGUAUUCGAUGAUCAAGAUAGUCAGAAACCUGCUUCACCCGCAGCAGUACCCGAAGACAGUUACGCUCCAUCUAGCACUAAAAAGCCCGAACCAGCCGAAACACCCGAACCGUCGUACGGACCACCUGGUACUCACUACGAUGCUGGUUACGGUCACAUGCCACCGCACUAUCCACCGGGAUCGUACGAAUACGACGACGAGGAAGACCCAUCGGCAUUCGGACCGGGAACGUGUCGGUACGGUGGCAAACUGUACGUCUCCGCGCAACAGAUUCCACGCGACGAUCCGUGCGAUUUCUGCUUCUGCUUCCGAAGUGAUAUCAUCUGUCUGCAGCAAUCGUGCCCGCCGCCGAUCAGCGGCUGCCACGAGGAACCGAUCUCCGGUUUCUGCUGCCCGCGGUACGAGUGUCCGGUCUCGAUGGCCACCGUGCUCAAUGUGACGACCAGUACGACCACCACCACAACCACGCUACCUCCGCACUUCCUAUCGCACGCGUACAAGGGCGCGGUGACGAAGCGCGGCUGCCAGAUUCAGGGCAAAGCGUACAACGUCGGCGAGACGGUUUCCUCGGCCAGUGGGCCCUGCAUGCGAUGCACAUGCGGCGGCGACGGUCAGAUGAAGUGCGAACCGAAAGCCUGCAGUCCCGAACCGAUGCUGCAGCAGAUGAUCGCCGUGGCAGCGUCCCGACGGAGAUGAAGGGAC